UCCUGGAGAAAAUGGUUUUCAAUCGAUCCAGAAAAUGCACUUUGUUGAGUUAAAGUGGAAGUCAGACGAAUUGCGAAAGGUACUGCGAGCUUAAACAGGGAAAAGUGAGCCGUAUAAGGUGUACUGCAUCGAAGGGCAUCCUUUAAAAGUCAUCUGGUCGGAUGCCACGGACGCAAAGGAAUGAACUCCACUGAAGGAAAGUCGCUAAUAAAAAUUACGCUAUCGAGGAAACGUCGAAAUUGGCAAUUAGGCGUUAUUGCAGGGGAAAAACGGAAGUUUUCAAGUGAAUGAGAUGUCCGCGUGAUUUCGUGUGACAGCGAAGAGAGCUCAACUUUAUCUCCGCCAUAAAUUUUCUUUACUGCGUCACUUUAGAUCCCGCAAACGCAGCAGGUGUUUACGGGCCAAAGUUUACGAUUAAAGCGUCCGCAGGAUUUCUACAAUUGUACUACCGCGACUUUCUCGAUUUUUCUAUCCAAAUUCCCUUCUCUCAAACGUGCAUAUAAUAAAAUUUAACAGUAAAUUAAAAUAAUCUGUAAAAUUUUUAAUUCUUGUAAUGUUUUUCGUAAAGGUAUUUUCAACUUAAAUAUUUUCCUGAAACUUAUCUUCAAAAAGACUCGAAAUGUUACAUGAACGAAAAUUGCUUUUACAGACUCAAUGUUGUCCUAACCCGAUGUUGAAUAAAUUUUAUGCAACGUACGAUAUUGAAUUUUUAUUACUAUAUUAUAGCAUACAGUUCGUAUAUGACGAUAAACAAAAUUUAUUUAUGUUUACAAAUAAUGAGAGUAAAUAUCUUUGGAUCUCUAUAGAUCGAGUUUCACACAGUGAUAUGAUACGAAUAUAUAGAUGUCAUAUGGACGAGAUCUUCGCGCUGGCGCAAAACUCCCACCAUAGAUGUCUUCGGCACGCGCUACGUUCGAGGGGCGAUUCAACAUUUCCACGCCAAAUCGAGUUCGGCUUUUUCCCCGGCACGAUGUAACGUUCCGAUCUCGCGAUAUAGUGGAAGGAGAAGAAAACACGAAGACACUGUGCAUAAUCGUAAAUACAAUAUGUAAAAAAAUUUUUGAUUUUGGUUGAAGUUGAUGAUCGUCAAACUCAUAUUGAUGGUUAUAAAACGCAAAGUUGUAAAAUUACGCAAAAAUAGUGAAGGAUUAAUUUUAUUGUAGACAGAGUGACGCGAAAUAAAAUAUCGUUUAAAUGUCGCGAUAGAUGCGCGGUUAAUCAUUGUAUCGAAUAACCAAUUUCGUUAUGACAAGGACAAUUUCGUAUCCAGGAAAUGGGAGUAUAAAAAUAGAAGCUAAAAAUUGUGUACACAGAAUCCCAUAUAUCAGACGCACGUUCAAGUGAAUGAACACAAGAGAUACACAAGUGGCGUACGGUACGAAACUAUACGAAUGAGAAUACGUACCAUAAGAAUACGAAUACAGAAAAGUGCGUUCUUUCCGUAUCAUGCAUGUCUACAGCUCGACAUCCUGUACAAAACACCUACAAAAGAUAUUUUAUUAAUCGAUUUAGUAUAAAUUAAUGCUGCCAUUAAAGACAUCAUAAACGAGUAAUGAGCAUAAUAGGGUAUCGAAAGACAGUUGAGAACAAUCGGUUAAAAAUCGUCUUCUCGAAGUUUGCGAAAUUGCGAUGCAACAGGUGAGGCCAGACGCGGGUCUGGAUUAAAAUUUAUGAUCGUCGCAUGCAUCAUGCGAUUAAAUGGACUUCGCUCCAGUUUCGUCAAAAUUUAUGCGGACGAGUGUUUUUUUGAUGAUAAAUAGUAGCUUGUAAAACACACUCUCUUGAAAAAUAACUCCUCAGAGUGACCAUCGUCGGUCUAUAAUACAUUCUGAUAAUACAUAAUUGAAUAAAAAUACUCUUCAAUUAACAAGCGUUCACUCUUUGAGUCUAUAAUACAUGAGACAAAAGUAAUCUUGAUAGACAAUUGCCUCUGUAAUUUCUUGUAGGCAAUCUUGUAUAUGUAAAAAUAAGUAAUUGUAAUUGGACGUAGAAAAAAUUCUAUACAGGGUAACAAAAAAAAAGAGCACUUAUUAAUGUUACUUGGCGUUGCGAGAUUAGAUAAAUCCGAAACAGAUUAAAAAUUUGGUGCAACAUUUUACUUUAUUUUACCAAACAGGAAAACGUCUAUUGUGAUAAACAGCAUUGUCCGUUUGUGAUAAAUAACUUUGUUUUCCGAGAGUACGCUUAUCUGCAUUUCUGCGCCGCCAAGUUUAUUCGAUUCCAGUUUGCAAGAUUGUCGUUUCCUCCUCGUCAUUUGAUGCAUAAUGUAGAUAAAGUGUAUUAGAUGGAGCGAUUACUGUUUACUAAGCAAAAUGUAGCAUAUUUUUUUAAUUUCAAAUCGCUCAUCAAUUAUUUACAUUUCAAGUCAUGCUUAUGCGUACACUGCAAUUUGCUGUAAUAAGUAGUCACUAGCUCUAAGCGGCAAUUAUCAUAUAUAAAAAUUAAAUACGUAUAAAAAACUACUGUUUUUAUAAUAGACUGUAAACAAAACUCUAAGCAAAAUCAGUACGGAAUAAUCACAGCUUGAAAAAAUGUGGAAAAUAACUUAAUAAAUUUGCAUGGCAAGUGCAAUUUUCUCUAUGAAAUUCCAAGUUAUUAAUAGAUGGUCCGUGUGUUAUCGAUAUUUAACAGUUUCAAUGGUACUAAAAGCUGCAAUCAGGAAUAUUGCACGCAAUCACAACAGAGGGAUGCUAUUUCCAAUAAUUGGAUAUUACAGGAGCUUAAGUAUACAUGAAGGAACAAUUCGCGAAAAUGUUUGUCAGUAAAAUUUUUUGUGAUAGUUUUGAUAAUAAAACUGACUGAGUUUCGUAAUAUUUGCAAAACAUUCUCUUACUAAAUUUAAUAUUUUCAUAGAAAAUAUCAAUGCAAUUUUAUAAUUCCAUUUUGUUGAUCUUCCGUUAUAAGACAUAACGAAAAAUCAACAUAUUCAAGCACAAAUCAAAACAAUAAAAAAAGAAGUAUUCUUGGAAAAUAUUUUUUAGGUAUUCUGUUUUCAUUUAAAAUGUUAGUUAUUUUAGUUGUAAAUUAUCUCAUUAACAAUAUCGAUAUUAAUACGGAAUAAUAAAGAUAUUUUGUUAGAGAAAUUAAUAAUAUUUAAAACGUUGCAACUUAUUUGAUCUUCAUGACAGAGUUCUCUAACAAAUACUACAAAACUACUAAUAUUACAGAAUGCAAUCGUCUCCUGUUACCUUAAUUAAAUCUAUUACUCUCACUGUCAAAUAUAUUAAAAAGGUGCGAUAUAAUAAUUUGUUUAACUCCUCUUGAACUUGUUUGCUUACAUCAGCAAUUAAAUUAAUUUUAUAUCGCAAAGUAUAAGCCGACUUAUUUAAGUUCCAGCCAAAUCUCAUAAAUUUUAUUAACAAUUUAUAAUUAAAAGAAUUAGAAACAUAUCUGUUCUUUCAAUGUAUAGUGAGAGAGAGAACUUGACUUUAUUGAAACUUUUAAGUCUCCUUCAUUACAAAGUUGGAGAAAUUAAAAACUGCAGAAGUGCUGAAGAAUCUAUCAAAAAUUGUACUAAUUAAAACAAACUUCUUUCGAAUACAUCGUAUUCAUCCACACCAGAUGAGAAUGAAUCUUCGAGACUGCGGAAUUAAAGACCACGCAAUUUAAAGUUACGGGAAUAAAAGAUUCGAUUUGUUAUAAGUGUCAUUUAAUUUAAUACGAGGAUCGUUCGAAGUUUCUCUGAACGCUUCUUGCGUCGCGUUCAAUCUCGAUUUAACAGGAAAUUGCUAUGCGUAUAUGUAUUAUCAAGUGCCUGCGCGCCAAUUUCACAUAAACAUCGUCGUAAUCAGAGAGCGAUCGAUCGGUCGAGGCUGCAUUUUCUCAACGUUUUGUUUCAAGAAAAUAGGUUUUACACUCCAGAUUAUCGUUCACGACUGUCAAUUGACGUCAUUCUCGCGUUUCCCCAUCAUAUUUGCGCCGAGUUCGGUGAUAAUGCGAAUCCAACGCGGAUCGGAUGACAGAUUGAAUUAUGGUCCCGAUGGAGUUCCCCGUUUACGCCUUCCUCGAGUGAAGGAUUAAUUUCCCAAUCGAUAGCAACUCGUUGUCCCAACAAAGAGCUCUAUAUGUUAAUGAAACUAUAACAUUGCGUGUUGCUUCAACAAGGAUCAGUUGCUCUGAAUCGCCUGUUGUUUCAACAAGGAGCUUUGUAUUAUAUCGUUGUUUAAUUUGAAAUCAUUAUUAAUUAAUACGUCGAUACUUCAAGUAACAGAGGUCAACGCGAAAGUAAACAGUUGGCAGGAUUUUCUCGCAAAAAACCAUUCGACUUGAAGAGAGAUAUUGACGCUCCCGGCAAGAUGAAGAUUGAAAUCAGCCAACAGCAUUGAUCAUAAGCCGGAAUUUCAACAACGAAUCACGAGAAUUCUAUCAACGUCAAUUCUAUCCGAAGAAUGCGUCGUAGCUGCAUAUCGCAGAAUAAAUCAUCUCUAUCGCGCUUCACCGACAGCCUCAGCGACGAUCUGGAGUAAUCUUAUGGGCGAAAUUGAACAGCAAAAAUAUAAGCAAAAGAUAUAUUCGUAACGCGAAGAUACCCGCUCGUCCGAGCUGCCGAUUCGAAUUCCGCCACAAAAUCUCAGUCAUUAAUUUUGCUAUUUUCGCAAGGUCGACGCGUAUCCUCGUCAAUCACUAUCUUCUCGUUUUACCAAUACCGUCUUGAGAAACCACAAAAAAAGCAGAAUGUUUUCGAGUAAUACGAUAACGAACAUCACCUGGACCCUUCAGAAUAGGGAUCCCUGGAGACUCCUGAAAGACGGCAAUCUACAGGAAUCUCGUUCCACGGUCGACGGUGUCGUUCACGCAAAUCCGCAAUAUGAGAAUUAUACGAACAUGCUCAGCCCCUUGCUUAGAGAAGAGAGCGCCGUUGAUCGCCGGGACUCCCUAUACAUCGUGCUGCCGAUCACGGUGAUUUACGUCGUGAUCUUCUUCACCGGCUUGAUCGGCAAUAUCUCCACGUGCGUGGUAAUCGCGCGCAACAAGUCCAUGCACACCGCCACCAAUUACUACCUCUUCAGCCUGGCGGUGUCCGACCUUCUUCUACUCGUGUUCGGCCUGCCGCCGGAGAUGUAUUACAUAUGGUCGCACUUUCCGUACAUAUUCGGCGAGGCGUUCUGCAUUAUACAGAGCUUCGCCUCGGAGACCUCGGCGAACGCCACCGUUCUCACCAUCACGGCCUUCACCAUCGAGAGAUACGUGGCGAUUUGCCAUCCCUUCAUCUCGCACACAAUGUCGAAACUCUCCCGGGCGGUGAAGUUCGUGAUAGCGAUUUGGCUGCUGGCCCUCUGCUUCGCCGUGCCACAGGCCAUCCAAUUCGGCAUCAUCUACUCCCACUACAACGGCACUGUCAUCUUGGAUAGCGCCAGGUGCUCGCUGCGAUGGACACUAAUCGAACACGCCUUCGAGAUCUCGACCUUCCUGUUCUUCGUGCUACCCAUGACGAUCAUCACCGUGCUGUACGUGCUGAUCGCCAUCAAGCUGCGACACUCGAGCCUGCUGACCACCGUCAGCAGUAAGAGGCAUCACACUCCCGACGUGUUGAAUCACGUAGACAGCAACAGGGGGAAAACGAAUGCUCAGAGAAACGUUAUUCGCAUGCUCGUUGCAGUAGUGGUAGCCUUUUUCAUUUGUUGGGCGCCGUUUCACGCUCAGAGAUUGCUGGCUGUAUACGCUCAGAGCAGUUCCGAGCCGCAAGAUACCAUGGUCUUAGUCUACACCACACUCACGUACGUGUCGGGAGUAUUCUACUAUUUAUCCACCACGGUGAAUCCGCUUCUCUACAAUAUCAUGUCUAACAAGUUCAGAGAAGCUUUCAAGUCGAUGUUGCCUAAAUAUUGUAUCAGGAAGUUCUCAUCUCACAAGGGCAACCGUCGACAACCGACUUACAGUAGCCUGUCGCGGUAUCACAGAUCGAUGAGACAUCGAUUUGAUGACGCCCAGCACUCACCCUCGAUAUCCGUUAGCGAUGAACAUCAACGAUUAUCGCAUAUCGCAUUGGCAAACGCAAAUUCCUGUGAGCUGAAUGGAUUGGCGAAAUUUCAGAACGAGAGAGAGGGGCGACCUACGACCAGAGAAACCGUAGAUUGUCGAGAUACCAGAAGAAUAUCUAGAGAUUCUGACUGCAGCCAACUUACCACGAUGACAUCGUUAAGCAAACAAGGUUUAAACAACGAAGGCAACAACAACGCAAAUGAAUGUCUACUGAGAAUUCACAGGUCACCGAAGGCUGUCACUUUAGCAGGAAUCUUCACGGAGAGACUGGGCCUCGGUACGAAAGGAUUCUUCACACAACAUCGGAAGAUUUCAUCGAACAAUAUGACGAAAAUGACGAAGCCAAAACCGGAAAACGUAAUUGCGAUGCCACCACCUCUUGAGAGUCAUCCGAGCAUCGAGAGCGCCAAUACGAUUAGCAACUCUAGCCUUCAGGACCUCGACGAGACCGAAUUCACGGGAUCGGAAUUGGCGCGUUACAUGGGCGAGUUAAACUUCGAACUUGUCACCUGACAACCGUUCAGCGCGGAAGAACGUCGCCUCUCGAAUUAAGACGCCGAGCAUAAAUCAAGACUCUUUGAUUGCGCGAAAACCACAGAUGUGUGCAAACUUCUAAUCCAAAAGCUUUUUCAAAAGUUAAAAUCGAGUCAAAUUAAUCUUGAUGCAACAUGACUUGGUUGCACCGUCGAAGUGAAUUGGCGUAGAACAUAUAUCAAAGGUGACGAUCAAAGUUUCGUAAAAAAUUGCCGCAAGAAAAGAAGAGAACUGAUCUGAUUAUUUCGAUCGUACGAAAAAAAGUAAAAUAGAUGGGAAUGAAUAAAGUAAUAAUGUAAAUAAAUGUAAAUAAAUGGUGUUAAAAUCAUCCGCUUAUGGUUUGUGAAUUGAGAGAAUCACGCUUACGCGUGUUGCUUCGUGUCAAGGUAAAAAGUUAAUUAUAAGUCGGAAAUUACAACACAUGUAUGUAAGGCACGUGUGGCUGUUUGAUAUCUAAAUUAUGUAUGCAAACAUUAUGUUUCCCUGUCCAUAGAAUGGCUGUUAACAACGCUAGUCUUCUCCGAGGAAAGAACUUACAAAUGCAGUUUUAGCGUUCUUAUGAAUGUAUGAUGAACAUGAUAAUGAUAAUUAUUAUACUAUUCUUGCUGAUAAGAUAACAAUAUGUGUAAUUAAGGGAGGCGUUCUAUUAAGAUCGGUAUAAAGAGGCGCGGUCGCGAUUCACGCUUGUCUUUUUUUUUUCUUUUUUCUUAUCUCUGAAUCUCUGAAUGAAUGAAGCGAGAGAGACCGAACCUCUUUUAUAUUAAUGUACAACAAGCUUCUUGUUUUUUGUCCUGGAUAUUUACAUAUUUUGUGAUAAAAGCAGAUUGCACGAUAGUUGUAACGUUAAUCGCGAUCAAAGACUUGUAUAGAACGUAAGUUAUCUGCGUAACUUAUUUAUUUUUGUUAUCUCGAUGCAAUGUUGGGAAAAUGCCAGCUUGCGAAUUAUUUCGACCGUCAUUAAUAAAAAGUGUAUGACUGCAAAACUGUAAUUUUUGGAAGAGCAAUAUAUGCAAUUUUUGUUUUCAGAAACCUGCUUGUUUAUCACAAUUCCAAUAAAAAAUACUAAACAAUGUUUAGUACAAAAUUGUGGAUUAGAAUUGCGCAGUAUUGUAUGUAGAUAUACAAGUAGUAAAAUUGUGUGUGUAUGUACGUGCGUGCGUGCGUGCGUGCGUGCGUG